CUCUACUCGCAUCCUGUCCGGUGACGAUAGCGGGCGGCUACAGAACCAAACCCAGUCUGAGGCUGCUAUAUUUCGUAAUUAAAUCAAUUAAACAUUGAUUGAAAUAACUCAGACCACCGUGAACGAUAAAUACCGAGCACAAUGAUUCGCUUUAUCCUCAUCCAGAAUCGUGCAGGGAAAACCAGGUUGGCCAAGUGGUACAUGCAGUUUGAUGAUGAUGAGAAGCAGAAGCUGAUUGAAGAGGUUCAUGCCGUAGUGACAGUCCGUGAUGCCAAACACACCAACUUUGUAGAGUUCAGAAACUUCAAGAUCAUUUAUAGGCGAUACGCUGGCCUGUACUUCUGCAUCUGUGUGGAUGUGACAGACAAUAACCUGGCUUACCUGGAAGCUAUUCACAACUUUGUUGAGGUUUUGAAUGAGUAUUUCCACAAUGUGUGUGAAUUAGAUCUGGUCUUCAAUUUCUACAAGGUAUAUACAGUGGUGGACGAGAUGUUUCUGGCAGGAGAGAUCAGAGAGACCAGCCAGACGAAGGUGCUCAAGCAGCUCCUCAUGCUGCAGUCUUUGGAAUAACGAGCCUGUCAAUCAAUCAACCACCAUUGCUGCAGGCCCCGCCCAUCUCCACAGGCUCCGCCCACCCCAUGCUGCAGCCAAGCCAUAUUAUUCGUAUGGAUGUUGUCUUGCUGAAAUACAUCCACAAACAUUUCACCUUUUCUUUACAUUUCAUGUCCACGAUGAAGGAUGUUGCCAUUCUGUUCAAAUUGGUACGUUUAUUAAACCUUCCCCGGUUAUUGACCGAAUUAUUCAUUGGCAUAGCCAGAAUUAAAUACUUACAUUUUAUAGUACAUUAGACUUCAGUGUCUCGGACUGGCAACCUUUCCAAGUCCGUUCAUUAACACUAACACAGAUAAUAGCAUCACGUUAGCCAAAAUCUGCCAUGGCAUGGAAGCAUUGGUCCUGUAAAUGCAAAAUGCAUGGGCUGCACUACUAUAUAUAAAACUUGAUUUUAUCAAACAAAUCCUCCCCAAACAUGUCCAGCUCAUUUAAUGAAACAUUCAAAUCAAAUGUUAAAUAUAUCAAGUCAAAAUCUGUGAAGAUUGUUUUGUAUUGUGUACAUAUAUGCCUACAUUAUAUAUGCAUCUAUUUUAAAUUUAAAUGUUAUGAACUAACCAGUCAUUCCAGGCAUCUAAACACUCUCAGUUUCUGCUUGUUGUAAUUGCAUUGAAGUCUGUUGGUUUUAUGGAGAACUCGAGCCAGCGAUUAGCGAGCGCUUUAGAGAACAAGGCUGAGUGGAAGAAUGGAACUCAGGGGGAAAAUGACAAAAGAUGGUCUACCUUUAAUUUCCCCUUUUGUGGCGCCAAGCGCUCUAUGGCAACUGCUCAGCCUUGAAACGUUUCAUUGCAGUUCGAUUCAUGAGUUACUAUGAGAAUCUGCCUUUUUGUAUGUGUAUGUUUUAUAUUCUUUCUUUUCGUCUCUUCUGCCCUAGUCCAAAGUAUUCUAGAUCUGCCUAUUUGUCCCUGUGAGAUUGCAGAGUAACAGUUGAUGGAAGUCGUGUUACUCUCAUGUGUGUGUUGCUGUCAGUGUAUAUAUCCAUACAGGUGAAAUAAAGAAAAUUAAAACCG